AUGAAGGUUCAUUUGGAACUGAAUCGGUUUUUUGAUUCUGGUCAAUAUCUUAUUGCAGAUUCAGCUUACGGAUUAUCAAUGACAACUAUCCCAGCAUACAAAUCACCCCUCUCAAAGAUAACUAGAAAUACCAAAUUCAACUACUGCUUAGCUAAAUCACGGGUACGUAACGAGCAUACAAUCGGAAUUCUCAAGGGCCGCUGGGCAUCACUCCAACAGCUUUGCUUAUCUUUGUAUACACCCCAACACAUGCUUGAGAUCAUCCGCUGGAUAAACUGUUGUGUGGCUCUACACAACAUGCUGGCUCACCUCGGCGACUCUUGGGAUGACCUUGCAGUCUCAAAUGAUAAUGAUGGCCCAGUAGGACCUCAAGUAAAUGAUGAGGAUGAUGACACUGGCCACUGCGAAGAGAUUCAAAAUAAGUGCUUGAUUUUUAAUCACCUCAACGGUACAUUACCUAUCCCUUCAAACUGA